AUGCCCCACCAAGAGCAGGUGCUGGCUCACGGGAACCUCUGCGCCCCGGGUCCUCCAAACAACGCCGGGUACAACAGCAACCCGGUGCCCGUCAUCAUUCAGACAGAGUCCCGCGAUAAAUGGGGCAAAAAAAUGGAUUUUCUUUUAUCAGUCAUCGGUUUUGCGGUAGAUCUCGGAAAUGUUUGGAGAUUUCCCUAUAUCUGUUAUCAAAACGGCGGUGGUGCAUUUCUUAUUCCAUAUGUCCUGAUGGCUAUAUUCGGUGGGGUGCCACUUUUCUACAUGGAGUUAGCUCUGGGACAGUUCCACAGGACAGGUGCCAUAUCCAUAUGGAAACAUAUUUGCCCUAUGUUUAAAGGUAUUGGUUUCGCCAUCUGCAUCAUUGCACUGUAUGUGUCCUUCUACUAUAACACCAUCAUCGCCUGGGCUCUGUUCUACUUCUACUCCUCCUUCAGUAGCACUCUGCCCUGGACCAGCUGUGAUAAUGAAUGGAACACAGAAAACUGCACUAACUACUUCGGAAAAGACAACGUGACCUGGACUAACUAUUCACGCUCACCUGCCGAGGAGUUUUACACGAGGAAUGUCCUGGCAGUCCAUGAAUCAUCUGGGCUUGGGGAUGUGGGAUACAUUCGCUGGCAGCUCAUGCUUUGCCUCUUCCUCAUCUUCACCAUCGUCUACUUCAGCCUUUGGAAAGGAGUCAAGACUUCAGGAAAGGUAGUAUGGGUGACUGCCACCCUGCCGUACGUGGUGCUGUUGAUCCUUAUGAUCCGUGGUGCAACUUUGCCAGGAGCGUGGAAAGGAGUGGUGUUCUACCUCAAUCCCAAAUGGGAGAAACUGCAGGAGACCAGCGUAUGGGUAGAUGCAGCUGCGCAGAUCUUCUUCUCUCUCGGUCCUGGUUUUGGUGUUCUUCUCGCCCUGUCCAGCUACAAUCCCUUCAACAAUAACUGCUACAGAGAUGCUAUUGUAACCAGUCUGGUGAACUGCCUGACAAGUUUUGUGUCAGGAUUUGUUAUUUUCACUGUCCUGGGAUAUAUGGCUGAACAGAGAAAUGUAAAUGUUGAGGAUGUAGCCAGGGACAAAGGACCCAGUCUGCUCUUCAUCACAUAUCCAGAAGCCAUUGCCAAUAUGGUUGGGUCGACUUUCUUUGCCAUCAUCUUCUUUGUGAUGAUGAUUACUCUUGGACUGGACAGCACGUUUGGUGGGCUAGAGGCCAUAAUCACAGCUGUAAUGGAUGAGUACCCAGACACCCUGUCCCACCGGAGAGAGCUGUUGGUUCUUGGACUGGUGGUUGUUUGCUUUAUGGGCUCUCUCAGCACCCUUACUAAUGGUGGUGCCUAUGUGGUAAAGUUACUAGAAGAAUUUGGAGUUGGUUCUUCAAUUAUAGCUAUAGUCUUUCUGGAGGCCACAGCAGUAUCCUGGUUUUAUGGUAUUAACAGAUUCAGCAAUGAUAUCAAAUCAAUGUUGGGCUAUACUCCAGGACUCUUCUGGAGAGUGUGUUGGGUUGCCAUCAGCCCAGCUUUUCUCGCUUACAUCAUUAUCAGCUCACUGUUGAACCCUCAGCCUCUCUCACUAUUCGACUACAAGUUCCCAGACUGGAGCAUCACGGUCGGUUUCAUCAUCGGAGCUUCCUCCUUCAUAUGGAUCCCCAUCUACAUGGUGUACAAGUUUGUGUGGACCCCAGGCUCUCUUAAACAGCGUCUUGCUGUGUGUCUGCGACCAGAGAGAACACUGCCAGACAUCCACACAGACAGUAUGGGCCUAAGUCCUGUACCAUAGACCACUGAGAGAAAAACAACUGAACGCAACUCACAAAAAAAAGGGUCUCCAAAAAUGUCUCCAC